CCUCACUCUUUCUCUUCUUCCAUAACAAUCAAAUUUCCUUUUUUUAUUAACAACCGAAGUAACCACACCCUGCGUGCGUUGACAUUCGAUCAAUGCCAGGAACUAUACAAGUUUCAGUUCUGGGUCUUAUUGAUGUUCAGACAGCUUCUUCAAACACUUCCAUUAAAGUUGCUAUGGGGAAGCUUGAGUAUCAAACUUCAGAUUCAGGAGACUACAUUUUUCCUGUCACAAGGCUCCAAGAAAACUUGAUUGUUACUUUGUUAGAUGUCAAUGGUAAAGGAAUACUACAGAAAGAGAUAGAAACCAGGAUGAUAAUAGAGAGUGGCUUUUUGGAAGAGAAAAUUUUAUUCAAUGGCUAUGGAAAUGUCCAACUUAAAAUGCAGUUUGUUCUCAGUGAAGAAGAUCGAAAUCGCAUACGUUUCUUGAGACAAACUGCAUUGAGAAAGAAGCACGAGGCGCUCACUAGUGGCAGUUCUUUUACCAAAUCUAAAAGCAUUGCUUCAGAUCUGUCUUCUCUAAGUCCUAUACAAACCCGAGACACUGUUGCUGCUAGUCCAAAGACAAAUCUUGGUCUGUCUCAAGAAACUGAGCUUAAAAUUAGUGCAAAUAGAGAACCAGUUUCUUCAAAAUUUACAAUGGGGAAGCCUGAAGUAAAGAAUAUAACUGAGAAGAAGAAGAAGAAUCAACCAUCUUCUUCAGAUGUUUCUUUAAGCAAGAAGCUCCACGAGGUUAAGAAGCUCGAGAGUGUAUCGUUGCUGAAGCAAGAAGAUAAAGAUUUGAGCAAAACGGAAGUGAUCCCUAAUAGUAAGCCAAUGCGGAGGAGUUUGUCAGAGACAAACUUGAGCAAUGUUCGGAAAAUGAUUAGCACCUUUGAGGUUAAAGUGACUCAGGAUACAAAGCUUCAGACGGUGAAGAGUCAAGGUGAAUCUUGUAAAGAUGUGGAGGAGAAAACUAAGGUGCAGUCACAACCGGGAAGCUCUAUGAAUAUAAAGACAGAGAGAUGUGAUGAUUUAGUAACAGUUUCAAGAGAGGAAAGGACAUUGGUUAUAGAGGAGAAGAGCACUAGAAGAAGUGACUCGUUGAGUAAGCAGAGGAGAAGAAGAAGCUCGGUGGUGGAAGUAAGGAAUGAUGAGAAGAAACAGAACAAACCUGUGCGUUUGAAGGAUUCUCAUCUUGAGAAUGCACGAGGAUCACGUCUCUGGAUAUUUCCUGAUGAGGCAAAGGAUGUGUUACAGAAGAAGAAAGAAGAAUCCAAGAAGGAAAACAUUGGUGAGAGGGGACUCAGCAGCAGAAGCAUUGAGAAAAUGAAUAUCAACAACAAGUGGAAGAACAUUGAGAGAUCAAAGAAACAUAAGUCUCAGACAUCAUCUGCAGAUUCAGAAAGUUCAAGAGGACCUGUUGGACAAGUGAUGCGUGCAUUGAUUGUGGUGGGUUUUGCAGGAUUAGUGUUUUUGACACGGAAAUGAACUUAAAACAGAUAAGCUAAACCUGCAUUUUGAGAUUGUAAUAUUGGAUCAAUUCUUUUAAUACCAGACUGUAAAAGAUAUAUUACUGCACAUAAUAAUAGCUUCCAAACUAUAUGCUUCUAUGCAAUCACAAAAAUAGGAAGCCGCGUUGUUUUUGUCAUCUGAUUUUGACUAAUAUUAUC